GGACCGCAAGCUGACCAAGGCGGAGCAGCAGCGCUUCAAGGAGGAGGCGGAGAUGCUGAAGGGGCUCCAGCACCCCAACAUCGUCCGCUUCUAUGAUUCCUGGGAGUCAGCGCUCCGCGGCAAGAAGUGCAUCGUACUGGUCACUGAACUCAUGACUUCAGGAACACUUAAAACAUACCUGAAGCGCUUCAAGGUGAUGAAACCCAAGGUCCUGAGGAGCUGGUGUCGGCAAAUCCUUAAGGGCCUUCACUUCCUUCACACUAGGACUCCUCCGAUAGUCCACCGGGACCUCAAGUGUGACAACAUCUUCAUAACAGGCCCCACAGGCUCGGUCAAGAUAGGAGACCUGGGACUGGCCACUCUUAUGCGGACCUCCUUUGCUAAGAGUGUCAUUGGAACUCCGGAGUUCAUGGCUCCAGAGAUGUACGAGGAGCACUACGAUGAGUCUGUGGAUGUCUACGCCUUUGGGAUGUGCAUGCUGGAGAUGGCCACUUCAGAGUACCCCUACUCUGAGUGCCAGAAUGCUGCUCAGAUCUAUCGCAAAGUAACAAGUGGUAUAAAGCCAGCCAGCUUUCAUAAAGUGAAAGACCCAGAGAUCAAAGAGAUCAUUGAAUGCUGCAUACGCCAGAAUCAGAGCCAGAGGCUCUCUGUCCGAGACCUCCUGAACCACGCGUUCUUUGGGGAGGACACGGGGGUCCGGGUGGAGCUGGCAGAGGAGGACUCGGACACCCAGGACUGUCUGGCUCUCCGGAUAUGGGUGGAAGAUCCUAAGAAGCUAAAGGGGAAGCACAAAGACAACGAGGCCAUCGAGUUCAGCUAUGACCUGGAGAACGACAGCGCUGAGGAAGUGGCUCUAGAGAUGGUGAAGUCAGGAUUCUUCCAUGAGAGUGAUGCCAAGGUUGUGGGUAAAUCCAUCCGGGAUCGAGUUAAUCUGAUCAAAAAGUCACGAGAGCGCCGACAGCAGCAGCUCCUCCAGCAGCAGCAGCAGGAGCUAGAAGAAAAAAGAGACGCCGCUGUCACCUCCUGCAGCUUUUCUCAUCCAUCCUGCCCGUCCUCACUGGGGCCAGGGGCAGCUGGUCAGACCGGAGGAGGGCAGGAGUCAGAGGAGUCAGUGGACCAGCAUGUCAGGCAGCAACACAUUUUCAGUGGGACAGCCCUUGGUUUGCCAGGUAGAUCAGAGCGGCCGUCUGCCUCAGAGUCUGACAGAGUGCUGGUCUGUGUCCCUGCCUGCUGCAUCCUCAGCAUCUAUCGUGUCUCCCCGAGUGUGGAGUCAGACAGCCCUUGGGACAGUUAG